AUUCAUGCAGUGUGGUCGUUGGAGGAAUUUUUCUAGCUCAAAUUCAGUCAUGGCCUUCAAGUAUCUUCUACCAUUGCUUUUACUGUCAUUGUUGGUUGCUAAUUGUGCCUCAAGGCCUUUGUAUCGUCUCCCAAGCGAAGCAAAACAUGCAACCAAGAAACCACUUCAGACUUCCCGUCCUUACAACCUUGCACACAGAGGAUCAAACGGAGAGCUCCCUGAAGAAACUGCUCCUGCAUAUAUGAGGGCCAUAGAGGAGGGUGCAGAUUUUAUAGAAACCGAUAUUUUGUCUUCCAAAGACGGUGUUCUUAUAUGUCACCACGAUGUUAAUCUCGAUGAUACAACCGAUGUUGCAGACCAUAAGGAGUUUGCAGACCGUAAGAGGACUUAUGAAGUCCAAGGAAUGAACAUGACCGGCUUCUUCACUGUUGAUUUUACUCUCAAAGAGCUGAAAACACUUGGUGCAAAGCAGAGGUAUCCUUUCAGGGAUCAACAAUACAAUGGUAAAUUCCCGAUUAUUACCUUCGACGAGUAUAUUUCGAUAGCACUGGAUGCACCUAGAGUGGUUGGGAUAUAUCCAGAGAUCAAGAAUCCGGUUUUCAUGAAUCAGCAAGUGAAGUGGGCGGAUGGUAAAAAAUUUGAAGAUAAAUUUGUGGAAACUUUGAAGAAAUAUGGAUACAAAGGCUCAUAUCUGUCUGAAGAUUGGUUAAAACAGCCAAUAUUUAUUCAGUCUUUUGCAGCAACUUCGCUAGUUUACAUUUCAAACAUGACAGACUCACCAAAAUUGUUUUUGAUCGACGAUGUCACUAUUCUUACCGAAGACACUAAUAAGACUUACGCAGAGAUCACAUCAGACGCAUAUUUGGAUUACAUUAAACCAUAUGUAAUUGGGAUUGGUCCAUGGAAAGACACAAUUGUUCCUGUGAACAAUAACCGUCUCAUGACACCAACAGAUUUAGUUGCGAGAGCACAUUCGCGUAAUCUUCAGGUCCAUCCAUACACAUACCGUAAUGAGAACCAGUUUCUGCAUUUAGAGUUUAAUCAGGACCCUUACCUAGAGUAUGAUUAUUGGCUCAAUAAGAUCGGUGUUGAUGGUUUGUUCACUGAUUUCACUGGAAGUCUACACAAUUACCAGGAAUUGAAGUCUCCUUUGCCUCAGCAACAGUGAUUCUCCAAUUGAAUUUGUUCUUUUCUUUCUUAUGCUAGUUUAUGUUCUCUUAGGAUUUUUUUUUACAAACCCAUGGAUGUUUCCAUUUUCUUCGAUUUCAUAAUAUAUUGCUUCUACUUUUUCCAAA